AGCGUAGCCACUUUGGCACAAGAUCCUGCUGGCCUUCAGUUCCGCCGCUGCCACCAUGGCGGAUACAGCAGACGCCACGCCAGUCUUCCUCAGCGGCCGCUGGGCGCGCGUGCGGUGCUUCGUGGUCGUGCACGCAUCGUGCUGUGCCUGCCUCGUCCUGCUGCAGGACGCGCUGCUGAAGCACCACCUGCGCGUCGUCCCCGACCUGCAGCGUCAGGCCUGCCGCAGCGGGCCGGCGGGGGCUGGGCGCGGCGAGCCGGUGGAGGCCACGGCCCACAGUUCUGGCGAGCCGGCGGGGCUCCGCGUCAGCACGUGCAGCCCUCUGCGUGAUCCAGCGAUGCCUCUGGAGCGCUUCGGGGAAGUCCCCGACAACAGGCCCCGGCACGGAGGGUCCCCAGUGCCAGACGCUGGGAAGCAGAUUCUGCUGAUGCACAUGCGGAAAGCGGGCGGGUCGACGUUGAGGCACUGGGUUCGUUCCGCGUGCACCGUUCUGAAAAACAGAACGGAUUGCGCUUGGGAGAGAGAGGGGGCGUCCAUCAACAAUUAUUUUUACUUCGAAUACCUUGCUGGCCCGAGAGCUAAGAUUACAAUCGCUAUCAUUAACAUACGAGAACCACUGAGAAGGACCCUGUCUCUCGUUAGUAUGAACAUCGCGCAGCGAGAUGAAUCAUGCAAGGUCCAGGACGCGAAGGUCCUUUCGUCUGAGAAGUGCUUGGCUAACAACUCUGUCGAGGCUGAGCUCCAGAGAAUUCGCGAGUGCUACAGUCUCCGGGCCGACGCCCCUGUAAGCGCGGAUAUUGCGGUCCCCCUGUACAUGUGCGGCGCGGAUGUUUACGUCAAGGCUCUGGCUGGCACAAGCGACGAGCAUUACGUGUGGAGCGAAGCGGUAGGCGACAGCAGACAUGUGAACAACAAAAUGUUUUGGGGCAGGGCGAGCAGCCAGGAACUCGAACGAGCCAAGCAGCGCCUCGUUGCCUUCCAUGGCGUCGCCAUCACAGAGUGGCUUAAUUUUGUGGCAUUUGAAGAUUUCAUGGCCAAGAUUGUCAUGGGUUUGCACAAUCGUAUUCCUUUCGAAUCUGCGUACCGAAAUCAGCACAAUUCGAGGUCUGGAUGCAUCACCAGGUUUACUCCCGAGCAGAUGAGAGCCGCGGAGCGAAUGAACGAACAGGAUGUGGCGCUGUAUGAUUAUGCUAAGCGGCUGGUGUUACAGCGCAUGGUGGACGCGGGAUAUUGCUAACAUUUUGCUUCAGAGAGCGGAGCCGACGCGUCGCCGUCGCGUUCAACUUAUACAAUACAUAUAACGGGGGACCGGCCCACGAUGCAAAACAAAAACUGCGAUGCCCAGGGGUGCGUUUGGAAAAUGACUUCGAGACGAAGCCAGCCUUGGCCACGACGAGCGCCUCGGAGGCGGAAAGGAGGGCCAUCCGGUUGCGGACCGGACCGGGCCGCAACCGGGCCCGGGGGCUCGUCCUCCCCUCUCCUCCCUGCCGUCUUUUCGGCCCCCCUCCUUCCUCCUUCUCCUCCUCCCCCCCGCCUGGCCGUCCAAACCGUUACGGCGAGAGCCUAUUGAAGCUAGGGCA